CGAGAGACAAACACAGAAGCAGAGAUAGAAGGACUGGAGAUCAUGAAGUAGAGAAGUGGCUCUGCUUGUUUUACUUUUUCUGUAAUGACCACUGUGCCGUGAGUAGGAAGGACGAUACGAAGGCAGGCAGCUCCAGCACAGGGAGCACAGAGACUGCAACUCCUCUCCAGUCUUCUCCACCCCCCCCCACCGCCUUCUCUCUCUCUAAUUUCUCUCUGACAUUUACACCCACCUGUUGAGCGUGCCCACUCCACUAGCUCACAUGGUCAUUUCAGCAACAGUUCUCUGAACGUGUGGCUACACUCGCUGCCAACCGUCUUGGUCACUUUUUUUGGAGAGAUGUCGUCCCUCUACUCACGUAACAAGGAUCUGUCCUCUCGCACCAGGAAAUCUUUGUCGGACUCACCACCCUCCUCCCCGUCCCCCAGCACCAAAAGCUUCAGACAUGAUAGAACAUCUAGGUCAGAUGGCAGUGGUGUAGAGGGCUCAUCAGAAAGACUCAGUCGUACCAGCUCCUACACACGUAGGGAGAAUCGCUUAGCUUCUCUGAAUAAGACCGAUGACGACUCCACCAGCAAAGACUACAAGAAAUUGUAUGAGGAUGCGCUGGCAGAGAAUGAGAAGCUAAAGACUCGUCUGGAGGACAGCAAGCAAGAGCUGGCCAAAAUCCGUUCACAGCUGGACAGAGUCACACAGAAGCAGGACAGAAUUUCAGAGCGGUCCAGUGUGUUUGAAUCAGAGAAAAAGGAAAAGCAGGCAUUGGAGAAGAGAGUAUCUGACAUGGAAGAAGAGCUUAAGACGCUCCCUGCGCUGGAUCGGCUGCGGGCUUUCCGCAGGGCGAAUGAGCGCCUGCUAGCAGAGAACAGAGCCAUGCUGCGCAUCUUCAAUUGCCUUGCCCAAACAGCUUCCGUUCCUGAGACGGAGGAUCUCUAGUCCUCCUCUCUUGCUCUCUGUCCUUCUCUUCUUUCUCCUCUGUUCUGCCCCCUGCCAUCACCUCUUCCUCUGCAUCUCCGUUGCUACCAGGUUUUGGCAGAACUAAAGUCAGAUAACCAGCGACUAAAGGAUGAGAAUGGGGCCUUAAUUCGAGUCAUCAGCAAACUCUCCAAGUGAGGUCAGGCCGUGCGUAGGAUACACACCAAGAGACUGGCUGAACAGCACCUUGCGUUAUUUCUGCCAUUUACACCCACUUUCUACCUUCUGAACUUAAAUGACCAUUUACACUAGAUAAUGGUUUCAUUCUCUUUCUUUCUCUCUCUCUGGCUCUUUCUGGAUAUUGCAAAGGUAGAGACCAACUACCUUACUGAUAAAAUUCCCCAAAAUGUUCCUGUAUAAAAGACUGGCUUUGAUCAGCAAUUUUUUGUAGUAGAUUUUUUUAGAUCAAUUGAAGACAACUGUAAAUGCCCUUCUGGAGAAUCAUACGGUGUAAGCUUUGUCCAGCUCAGUUACACUGUAUAACAUGAGAAUUUUUUUUUUGUUUUUUAAACACCAUUUCCAAGGAUGGGCUCCAUUGUUAAAUGGGAAAUGAAGCCAUUAUAUCUACCUGUAUAUGGUACUUUGAUGUAUAGGAUUUUAAAACUUUUUUUUGGUCUACUCCUUGUUUAUGUAUAAUUUUGGAGAGGCCAAGAGAGAUAGGUAGAAGAGUUACCUGCUAACAUUGUUCAAUGUUUUGUGGCUUUAUUUUUUGUUUUAAAUAUUUAUGUUUAUUGUUUAUCUAAAAGAGAUUUAAAAUAUUGGGUAAUGUAUUUAUCAAGCUAAAGUUAAAAGAGAAAAAAAAAUUCGUAAUCACAUCACAAAUUUAAAGUGGUAUAAUUUUAAAGCUCACAGCACUUUGUUUUAAGCUUGUUUAUGGCACACAUAUAUUUAUCAUAAUGCACUGUAAAACCCUGAAUGGGAAGUGGAUUGCUGUAGCAUAUGUACCGCUGCCGUCUGCUUUUGUUGUGUGUUCUGGAAUGAGAGCAGCUUAGGUUUCUAGAAUUCUUAAAGGAAAAGAAGGAAAUGAAGGAAAACUACCUGUGCGAAUACCACAAUAUGGUUGUUAAAAAAAAAAACCAGUACUAGUCAGAGGUUUACACACAUCUAUUAUCACUGUUCUCCAUUUUAUCAUCAAAAAAGAUUUUUUGCAAAUAUUCGUUCUAUUUCCUGUCUAUGUACAUGUCUAUUUCCUUUUCUCAGUAAUGACUUAUUGACAGCUACACCUCCUUUAACACCCAUAGUACUCUCACUUGGGAAGGAUGGACAAAAGCAAUGUUUAUAAACAUUUUGGUGGUCCCUGAGAUCUAGCAUGCUUAGGAGUUCCAUUUCCUUUACAUCUUUUAAUCAUUUUUGAGCUCCAGUUUCGGGAACUGUUUUUAUACUAAUUUGUCCUUUCACUGUUCCCUUUCUUAUGCAAGUGCAAUAUCUGAUAUCGAAAUCUCAUCUGACAUAUCUUCUGAAAAAUGAAUAACUUUUACUUAAUUUUAAUUAACGUUUUUGACUAAAGGUGAAAUAUAAUUUAAUGAAACAUAAUGAAACGUCUUAUAUUGAAAUGUUUUAAAAUACGAGAAACAUACAUCCACCCAGGUGUCCACACUUGUGAUUGUACAGAUUAGCAUCGUUAUUUCCCAUAUUACAAUACUUAAUCACUUGUCAGUAAGCCAUUACUCAGUUAUGGACAUGUAGUUGUGCCAUACUAAAGAUUGUUUUUAUUAAACCAGUUUCACUAAUUUUGAUUAAACAUAGAAGAAUAAAGUGAGAAAGCUGUUUCCGGUAAGGACUAACUAGUAAAGUCUGCAUUCCAAGCCUUGUCUGGGACCAAAGGACUUGAAAAACUUUUUAGUCCUUUUAUGUUUCAUGCUUAUAAAAGUGAUGAUCAAUAAGCCAACAGUGUUGGGCAUGUUUUACACAAUAAGCAGCAAAAGUUAAUAAAAACUCUAAUUUUAAUGUAAUCUCAUAAUAUAAAAACCCUUGAUGGAAGAACAAAUGGAAUAUUAACAUGUAUACAAUUUCAAACAAAAAAGCAAAUGAAUAGUUUUAAUUAAAAGUCUUUUAUUUAUUUUUUUUUACCUUGUACAGAGCUGCUAACACAUAUGAUAAAUCUGUAUCGAGAUAUUUGGUUCCCGUGAGGUCUUUACAAGGAUCAAUUAUGUUCUUGUACUGUCUGCUAGAGGGUCGUGGGAAAGUCUGUGAGCAAUAUAUUUUCUUUUUUUUCUUUGCAAAGUGUCUUAUCAAGGGCUAAAGCAUGCGACUGGUCCACACUAGGCACAAUGUUACGGACAUGAACACACACACACAAAACACUGAGACGAGAACAAACAUAGCCUGAGGACAUAACUUCGCAGCCUCCUGAUUCAAGGAGCAGAACACCAUAGAGAGAGAGAAUAAAGAAAACCAAGAGGGAGUUUUCAUUUUGAUAACGGAUCUACAGUAAAGGCAGAUGAUGAAAAGUGUUAUAAGGGAGAUUGACCGAUUGACAGUUGUUUUCUUCCUUUCACA